AUGUUUAAGGAUUAGAAUGUAAGAUAAUAAUCAUAAGAAUAAUCAAAGGAAACGUAUUUAACUUAUGAAUUGCUUCCUCAAAUUUACAUUCAAAAAAAAAUGUGUUGGGCAAUUGCUCUUGAUUAGUAUACAAAAUUCUUAAUAACGGGAGCUGAAUCCAACAUCAAUACUAUGCAAUUCAGAAGUGGGGCAAUAAAAAGGAUUCAAACUAUUUAAAGACAUGAAUCCUGGAUAACAACCCUUAAUUUCUUCAAAUAAAUGCCAUUAUUUAUAUCGGGAUCAUCCUGCAUUAAAAUAUGGUCUUAAAACUAGUAAGCCAAUCCAAAAUUUUUAAUCAAAUUAUCGGAGCACUCUUCAAAUAUUCAAUGUUUAGCACUUCGUAAUUUAAACUCCAGAGUAAUAAUUAGUGGUUCUAAAGACAAGAAUAUUAAAUUUUGGUAUCAAUCGGAAGCACAGUGGAUUUGUAAAUAAACAAUUAGAGAGCAUUCAAAUGCAGUUUGUGGGUUGUCUUUAAAUUAAGAAGGCGAUACUUUAAUUUCAUGUGGAGAGGAUAAUGUUAUCAACAUCAUAAAAUGUUAAGAUGAUCAUCAUUGGAAUGUUAUUUAGAAAUUGGAAGGAUAGGGAGUUAGAUUGUCAUUUAUAUGUAAGGACACAUUUGCAUUUUAACCAUGGUAAGGUAGUAAACUUGAACUCUAUACCUAUUCAGCAUAGACUGGUUUAUAUUAUAAAUAUCAGGAAUUACCAAUUUAAGGAUGUAGAUAAUUCUGUGCUUAUUUAUUUCCAUGCUUCUUUGUUUCUUCAAAGAACAUUUUAUUAUCUAAAAAUGGUUAUAAUUUAAAUUUUAUCAAGUUCAAAAUCAAUUCUUCAUAGUUUGAGGGUAAAUUAGAGUAAGCUAUUGAAUUCGAUUAUCCUAAUAAUUGGUAGGGGAAUAUCUUUGGCACUAUGAGCGAAGGAGGAGAUUUUUUGAUUACAUGGGACAGCAAAACGAAACAAAUAUAAAUCAGGAAAUAUAAAGAGUAUUAAUUAUAAAACAAAAAAUCAAGUUAUAAAAAUUGUUCUAUGUUUUGA